AUGAAGCUGAUCACCCUUUCCGUUGCGCUGUCAGUCUUGAACGCUGUGGAUGCUCGUGACCCGGCUUGCCAUCCUCCUGCGCCUUCAUGCCGAUGGGUCUCCUGGUGGACAGCAAGAGAGUGCAAUGCUAUUAUCAACGCUCGACAUAUCCGACGCUCGACAUGUGAGGCUCCUGAAGGAACCGUCAUCAGAACCAGCACAGUCACCCGCCACCCAACCAUCACGCAAACCAAAACCGUGAAGCACGCAACAAGCACCAAAACAUCAACCAGAACUGUCACAGUCACGGACCCUAUCACUCAUCAAGAUACAGCCACAGCCUGGGCCACUUUGACGGCGGUCGCAACCACAACAGAUGUGGAAACUGAUUCCUCGACUGUCACUAUCACUACAACCUCUGUAGAGACUGAUACUUCCAGCACCACAGUUACGACUACCCAAGAUAGCACUUCGUUUCUCAGCUGGGCUCCCGAAACUUGUGCUCAGGGGCCGCCAACAACUACUGCUCAGGGACCACCACCUACUCUCGCACCCACUUUCGCACCUACCAUGAAGCGCUCUGAGAACCACUACGACGAAUUACCUCGGGAUUGCUCAUGCUUCCUGACUUCGACAAAGAGCUGUGGCCCUCGCGUUACAAAGGUCGUCACCAAAACCAAGGAAGACCGCCCCAAAAUCAUCACCAAGACUGUCACAGAUCGAAACUGCAAAACAGUCACGACCACCAAGACGUCCACAACUCAUGUCAAUGGAGCUCCGCCGCCCAAGAAGACGGUUACCUUGACUACUACUUCGACUAGCACCACAACGGCUACUUCGACCAGCACGGUUAAGGAAACCACAACUGCCACAGAAUCCACUACAACGACAGUCAUUGCAGCCACCACCGUCACUACCGGAAGCACGGUCACUCAGACCGAGAAUCCUUGUGACCCUACCAACAUCAGCAAAUAUAUCCUCCAAGGCCCUCCAUCCAACCCCACUGUAGUCCUUGGUUUCCGUGGAGAUGGCGGCGGUGAUCUCUCCAACUGUUGCUCAAACUGCCUCGCAAAUAACGACUGUGUUUUCUGGAAGAUGAGCGCAGGUGGUUCUACCUGCGAGAACUACUACACGAACCGAGGUGUCACAGUCGAGGGCUGUACUUCUGCCCAUUGCACAAGAGGACACCCCGUGAUGAACGUCGAUCCUAAUUCAGAUGGAAACACGUACGGCAUGGCUUCAUGCGGACAGUUCCAAAUCGUGUAUUAA